AUGUUGGUGAAUAGAGAAAAGGAACGAAACCCUUCUUUUAAGACAGAAGAUGAAACUCCAGGGGCCACCCUGAAGCCACUGGUGUUCCAUGUGGACGAGACCACCCCAGAAGUAGUGCAGAACGUCCUGCUGGAGCACAGUGGGUGGGGAUUUGACGAGCAGGAGCAGAAUGUUGAAGACUGGAAUCUGUACUGGAGGACUUCCUCUUUUCGAAUGAUUGCGCUCAAUGUCAAGCCAUGGCAGCAACUCAGCCUCCACCCAGGGAUGACCAAGCUCACCAGGAAGGACUGUCUGGCCAAGCACCUGCAGCACAUGCAGAGGAUGUAUGGCACCACCCUCUACGAGUUCAUGCCCCAGACGUUGUCAUGCCCAACGACUACACCAAGUCAGAGUGAGUACUUCAAGGAGAAGCAAAUGCUGGACACCAAGCACGGCCAUUGGAUAUGCAAGCCAGAACCAUCUCGUGGGAGGGGGAUAAUAAUUGUCAGUGACAUUAAAGACCUAAUCUUUAGUGAUACAUAUAUAGUACGGAAAUAUAUCUGCAACCCUUUACUUGUCGGUAGGUAAUGUGACCUCCGCCUCUAGGUCUGUGUCACCGGCUUUAAGCCUUUGACAAUUGUGUAUCAGGAAGGGUUAGUAUGGUUUGCUACAGAAAAGUUGGACCUCCAUAAUUUGAAAAAUUGCUACUGUGGCAUUUACUAUGCACAUUUGACCAACAGCAGCAUCAUUAAAUCUGGAGUCUCCUGUGAGAAGAUCAAGGAAGUAGUCGGUCACGGUUGCAAGUGGACCCUCAGCAGGUUCUUCUCCUACCUUCUCAAUGGGGAUGUGGACGACCUGCUUCUGUGGCAGAAGAUCAACAAUGUGGUCAUCCUCACUGUCCUCGCCACGGUCCCGUCAGUCCCCUUCUCUGCCAACUGCUUCGAGCUCUUCGGGUUUGAUAUCUUGAUUGAUGACAACCUGACGUGGCUCUUGGAAGUGAACCACAGCCCCACCUUGUCCUUAGACUGCCCGACAGAUGUUGAAGAGGAAACUCAUCCAGACGUCAUGGAACUGAUUUGCUUCAAUGGCCUGAGGGCCGAGGGGAGGGAGUGCCGGAGGGCGGAGAGUGGGAGCCCCAACCUCCUAUUUUCCAGGAGUGACAAGCGUGGGCUCAGCGGUUCUCACAGUCACCUUCCUUACGAGUCCCUCCUGCGACUCACUGGCAGGAUGCACAGUUAGAGCGGCCCUGCCAAGGAAGGCUGUGAGGACCUGUCCUGUCCCACGCGCCCUCCACAGCUGAGAGAGACGACACCUGGGCAGAAGGACCUCCUCCUGGCCACCAGAGAGGCGCCCAGAACCAAGCCCAGCUCCAGGGCAGGCACCCCCAGGCAAGGCGCUCAUCCCCUGCGUGUCCCCAUCCCCUACAUGUCCCCCAUUCAGUCACAUCCCUGCAACACCAGGAGCGCCCCAGCAGCCCAGUCGAAGGCAGGAGCCAGACCCCACGCAGGGAACUUUGUGCUCGUUUUUCCUUUCAAUGAAGCUACUUUGGGAGCCUCCGGGAAUGGACCGAGUGUCAAGAGGACCAUCCAGGCGCUGCAGAAGCUGGCAGACAAGCAGCAGCCCACGUGCAGGAAGUAAAGCCGAGUGACAUGGAUUCCUGACCCCAGGAGAGCCACAGGCCCGCCCCUGUGCCCCCAGCAUAGCAGCACGCGGUCUUACCCCGGGGCCAGAAAGGUGGCCGCAGGUAGAGCGUAACCUGUCCAUGCGGAGAUUGAAUUUCUGUCCCGCAUUCACCUGCUCAGAUUUCUUGGAAGAACCUCACCCAGCCCCUUCCUUGUCUGUGGGUAGACUUUAUUGCAAUUGUGUGGUGAUUUUUAAACAGGAGAAAAAGACUAUUAAAUCUUAAAACCCAGGAAUUCA